AGUUGUGGCAUUUUUCAGGCGUGCAAAAUAUUAAGUUUGCUCCGGAAAAAUUUAAUAAAUUCAUAUAAUUAACAUAGAAACAAAAGUUCGACUAGCACUCAAUUCAUCAUUCUCUGAGACAGCUAUCAAUUGGCGAUUGCACGCAACAUGGCGUGUCCUUUCUUUCGUCGGGCCGACUCGCUGGUGCGUCAGCCAUCGGUCACAGUGGAGCCGGGUGCCCAAUGGAAUCUGGAGGAUGAGGAGUUAUCUCUGGCGGAUGAUGCACUGACUCUGACCCAUCUGCAGAUGGCCAUACAGCUGCUGACGGCCCCAUCGAAUGAGGAUCUCAAUACAGCCGUCACCUCACUGGUGGCCAAGUAUCGCCAGAGCUGGCCCAACAUCCACAAGCUUAAACUGGAUCCAAAGUUCUUUAAAUCAUGUGCCAACUACGACUAUCUGGCGGACAUUCAAGAUCUACUACUGAAAAUGGACGAGGCCAGUGCCAGUGAAAUCCUUGUGCUGCUGGGCGAGGAGCUGAUCACAUGCUGCUGCACUGGGAUUAUUGAGCGAGCCUUUCGCUGCCUGGGCACCGAUCUACAGGAGUUUCUCGGCUCCCUGGACGGUGUAUACGAUGUGCUUAAAUUGCAGGAGGACGAUGUGACCGAUACGGGCUUUGUGUGUGCCGGCGAUGGUGAACUGAUCUUCACGUCGGAGCGUCCAGUUAUAGCCUGGCUUCUGCUCGGCUCCCUCAAGGCACUCACUCGCAUGCUCUACAAGGUCGAUGUGAAUAUCAAAAUCGAGCCCGUCGAGGGUGAUGCACGUCGCUAUCGUUAUUUGUUCUCGCUGGUGAAGGACAGCUCCCAGACUCUGCAGUUAGGUCGUCCGGGUGUCGCCGCCAAGCAGCCGGAGACGAUGCAACGCAGCAAUUCGGCUAAUGCCUCGGAUCUGCAAAUGAAUUCGGCCAGUUUCUGCAAGAUGUUUCCCUGGCAUUUCAUUAUGAACGAGCAGCUGGAACUAGUGCAGCUGGGACGUGGCUUUAGCAAGCUCUACAAGCCUUAUCUAGCGGACUUUGGCUGCCUGGCUAGCACCUAUUUUGAUUUUAAGCGCCCCAAGGGAUUGACCAUGAAGUUUCGCGACAUUGUCCGUCGCACCUACACACCCUUUCUGAUUGGCCUUAAUAGCCCGCCAGGCGUAUCCGAUUUCCCGGCCAUUGGACUUGAGAUCAAGGGUCAAAUGGUGCACUGCCCGGAAUCGAAUUCCUUGCUAUUCAUUGGUUCGCCAUUUUUGGAUGGUUUGGAUGGUUUGACAUGUAAUGGGCUUUUCAUCUCUGACAUUCCCUUGCACGAUGCAACGCGCGAGGUGAUCCUGGUGGGUGAGCAGGCACGUGCUCAGGAUGGCCUACGUCGGCGCAUGGAUAAGCUGAAGAGCAGCAUUGAAGAGGCCAAUUCGGCGGUUACCAAGGAGCGCAAGAAGAACGUCAGCCUCUUGCAUUUGAUCUUUCCGGCUGAGAUAGCCGAGAAAUUGUGGCUGGGCUCGUCCAUCGAUGCCAAGACCUAUCCGGAUGUGACAAUACUGUUCAGCGAUAUUGUCGGCUUCACCAACAUUUGCUCCCGGGCCACUCCGUUUAUGGUCAUCAGCAUGCUGGAAGGCCUGUACAAGGACUUUGAUGAGUUCUGCGACUUCUUUGACGUCUACAAGGUGGAGACCAUUGGUGAUGCUUACUGCGUGGCCAGCGGAUUGCAUCGUGCCUCCAUCUACGAUGCCCACAAGGUCGCCUGGAUGGCCCUCAAGAUGCUCAGCGCAUGCUCGAAGCGCAUCACUCACGACGGCGAACAAAUUAAAAUGCGCAUUGGCCUCCACACGGGCACAGUGCUAGCGGGUGUCGUCGGUCGCAAGAUGCCCAGAUACUGUCUCUUUGGCCACAACGUGACCAUCGCCAACAAGUUCGAGUCGGGCAGCGAAGCCCUGAAGAUCAAUGUCAGUCCCACAACUAAAAAUUGGCUAACCAAGCACGAAGGUUUUGCCUUUGAUCUGCAGCCACGCGAUCCAUCCUGCUUGCCCAAGGAGUUCCCCAAUUCGAAUGGCAAUGGCACCUGCUAUUUCCUGGAGAGUUUCCGCAACCCGGCGCUGGACAGCACCCAGCCGCUGGAGGAGCAUAUUAAUGCCGCUAUGAAGACCAUAUCCGAGGGUGGCGACGCCUAAAUCUCUUAGAGAAUCGCUUGCUCAAUAGCCACACAGCAAAACAUAAAAACAUAGUUCAAUGCACACAAUUUACUAGUCGAAUUCUGUUGCCCUUUGAAAAUAACAUAUUAUAAUAAUAAUAAUAAUAAAUUUUCCGUCAACAAGUUUGCGUUCAAGCUCAAAACACA